UACGAUAAUACGACGUCGUUAAAACAAGUUCACAAGUAAAGAAAGAACACUAACAUCGAAGUCCACACAAUCACAACACAACACAACAACAUAAGAAACUGAACAAACAAACAACCUGGUUGUGUUGUGUGUAGUGAAUCAUCAUCAUUCAUCACUAUCAUCAAAAACAUGGGAAGCAACGAUUUGAAGUACGAGGUUUCACAAAACGCAUACAUCAAGCUUGUUCUUCACUCUCUCAAACACCCCACAUCCGCCGUCAACGGCGUCUUGAUCGGCCGCAUCUCUAACGACACCGUCGAGAUCACCGAUGCCGUUCCUCUCUUCCAUUCUCAAAUCCCUCUUCUUCCUCAAUUGGAGAUCUCUCUCAUUCUGAUAGAGGAAUAUUUUUCUGCUAAAGGGUUGAACAUAGUUGGUUAUUUUCAUGCCAAUGAGAGGUCUGAUGAAUUUGAGCUUGGUGGUGUUGCGAAGAAUAUUGGUGAUCAUAUCAGUCGUUACUUUCCUCAAGCUGCUAUUCUAUUGUUAGAUAACAAGAAGCUUGAAGCUUUGAAAAAGAGCAAGAGUAGCGGUGCUGUAACACAGCUUUAUGUUAGGGAUGCAUCUAAGAACUGGAAGUUGGUCCAGUCAGAUGCAAACAACCGAUUCUCUCUCAAAGAGCCAUCAGCAAAUCUCAUCUUAUUGGAUUAUAUUUCAUCUGAGAAAUAUAGAGACAUUGUAGAUUUCGAUGAUCACCUUGAUGACAUAAGCAAAGAUUGGCUAAACCCAGGGCUCUUCAACUGAUCUUGGCCCUCGUUGUCUCCAUUUUUAUCCAAUCUACUUCGCAAGUUGAUGAUGUUCAAGCAUAUUAUGGAGCAUAUGUUGGAUACUCGUGAUGAACAAUCAGGAAUAGAUUUUGACAUUCAGGAACAUUGUUUCAUGAGAAACUUUAUCAGAUGUAUAAGCAGGAUAUUUAUUUAUCAUCCAAUUAACAAUUUUCAUAGUUUUCCUUCCCCAAAAGGUUUUGGUUGCAGAUCCUUUUUUUGUUUUGUUCUCGCCUUUCUGUAGGUAUAUUAAUUAAAUUCGAGUUUUCGUGCUUUGUUUGAGACAUUGUUAUUUCAAAGAAACAAUAUAGUCAUGCCAUCUGGUUCAUCCAAUGGUUUGCCCAGGCUUUCUGGUUGUAA